AUGGGGUUCUCUGAAUCAAGGCAUGGAUGCAAGAAGCACCCAGAUCACCAAGGAAACCAAGGGGUUUUCCCAUCGUGUCUAAGGGAAAGAUUAUCUCGUCUUUGUUCAUCAUCUUCUUCGUACAAAGAAUCUAUUAAUUCAAGAGUCUCUCCUUCACUGCCUUUUUCUCCGGCAGACCAAAACCCUUGGCCUUCAUCCUCUUUCAGGGCCACUUCAAAUGGUUUUAAGAAGAGUAAGUCCCUUGCUUUUGUAGCAAGAGAUUUCGAUGGCGAAUUUAACAAUGGGAAGAAAAAGGAGAAGAAAGGAUUUUGGUCAAAGUUGGUUGGCUUCAAGAGGAGGAAGGAUUUUCUUACGCAUUCAUCCAGUAUGAGGUUUAUUAUUGGAAGAGCGAAUUGA